GUUUUGUUUAUCCAGAUGACUCCAGCUGUGAGGGACCAGUAUGACCGCAUUGUUGUAGAUGCGGUCGACCUCUGGGAAGGUCGGGCUGGGGUGGCAAUGGCUUUAAAACAGAUUGCGCCACUACUUCAAGCUGACACUGUUGUGACACUUGCAAAUUUUUUUGUGCCAGAUGCUCUUGGUGAUCGCAGUGUUGAGGUUCGAAACAAGAUGCUUGAAGCUGCCAUGGCUGUUGUCAACUCCCAUGGAAAGGAAACAGUGAACAGUCUUCUGCCGGUGUUUGAGAAGUUUCUGAACACUGCACCAAACCACGCCAGCUAUGAUGCUGUCAGACAGAGUGUGAUCAUACUGAUGGGUUCUCUGGCCAAACAUCUGGAGCACAGUGACCCCAAAAUUAAACCCAUUGUUGCUAAACUGGUUGAAGCCCUGCAUACUCCAUCACAACAGGUACAAGAAGCAGUGGCCAACUGUCUUCAUCCUCUGGUACCAGCCAUCCGUGACGACUGUCCCAAGCUGGUCGCCAAGCUUAUGACUGUGUUGCUCGAGUCUGAGAAUUAUGGCGAACGCAAGGGUGCAGCGUAUGGCUUGGCUUCACUAGUCAAGGGUAUGGGUAUCUUAGCCUUGAAGCAGCUGGACAUCAUGAAUCAGUUGACAACUGCUAUACAGGACAAGAAGAACUACAGGUACCGAGAGGGGGCUCUCUUUGCCUUGGAACAACUAUGCAACAUGUUAGGAAAGUUGUUUGAGCCAUAUAUUGUUCAUAUUCUGCCCCACCUGCUGCUGUGUUUUGGUGACACCAACCAGUAUGUUCGUGAAGCCACCGAUGAUACAGCUAAGGCAGUCAUGAGCAAGUUGUCUGCUCAUGGUGUUAAGUUGGUGCUUCCUUCUCUCUUGGCUGCACUUGAGGAGGAUUCUUGGAGAACUAAAACAGGAUCAGUUGAACUGUUGGGUAACAUGGCUUUCUGUGCCCCCAAGCAGCUAUCAUCGUGCCUUCCAUCCAUUGUGCCUAGGUUGAUUGAAGUUCUUAGUGAUUCUCACAUGAAAGUACAGAGAGCAGGCGGUCAGGCACUCAGGUUGAUCGGCUCUGUUAUCAGGAACCCAGAGAUCCAAGCCAUUGUGCCAGUAUUGUUAGCAGCUCUUCAAGAUCCCACCAAAAACACAUCAACUUGCUUACAAACACUACUGGAGACCAAAUUUGUUCACUUUAUAGAUGCUCCAUCCUUGGCUCUUAUCAUGCCUGUGGUACAAAGAGCAUUCCAGGAUCGUUCAACUGAGGUGCGCAAGAUGGCAGCUCAAAUCAUUGGCAACAUGUACUCCCUGACUGACCAGAAAGAUCUUCAGCCUUACCUGCCAGGUAUCAUUCCUGGUCUCAAAGCUUCUCUGUUGGAUCCUGUACCAAAGGUGCGCUCUGUGUCAUCGAGAGCUUUGGGGGCCAUGGUUAAAGGUAUGGGAGAGUCGAGCUUUGAUGAUCUGCUACCGUGGCUCAUGCAGACUCUCACCUCCGAGUCAUCUAGUGUAGACCGCUCAGGUGCUGCACAAGGCCUUGCUGAGGUGGUAGGUGGUCUUGGCCCUGAGAAGCUUCAUCGUCUCAUGCCAGACAUCAUCGCUACAGCUGAACGUUCAGACAUUGCUCCUCAUGUCAAGGAUGGUUAUAUUAUGAUGUUUAUCUUCCUGCCCACUGUAUUCCAAGACGAAUUUACUCCUUACAUUGGACAAAUUAUCCCACCAAUACUAAAGGCACUUGCAGAUGAGAAUGAGUUUGUUCGAGAGACUGCGCUGAAAGCAGGUCAGAGAAUAGUAAAUACAUAUGCUGAGUCAGCAAUUACUUUACUGCUGCCAGAGCUGGAGGCUGGACUCUUCCAUGAUAACUGGAGAAUAAGAUACAGUUCAGUGCAGCUGCUAGGUGAUCUUCUGUUCAAGGUGUCAGGUGUGUCUGGUAAAAUGACUACUGAUACUGCUCAUGAGGACGAUAACUUUGGUACUGAACAUUCACAGCGGGCUAUAAUAGACAUCCUUGGAGAGGAGCGGCGCAAUCGAGUGUUAGCUGGACUCUACAUGGGUCGUUCAGAUGUUGCAGUACUGGUGAGACAAGCAGCUCUGCAUGUAUGGAAGGUUGUGGUCACUAACACUCCCAAGACCUUAAGAGAGAUCCUCCCUACACUCUUCUCUCUCCUGCUGGGUCAUCUGGCCUCGACCAGCUAUGAUAAAAGACAGGUGGCAGCGCGCACUCUGGGUGACUUAGUUCGUAAACUAGGUGAGCGUGUGCUACCAGAAAUCAUACCCAUCUUAGAGGCCGGCUUGGGAUCACCUGAGGCUGACCAGAGACAGGGUGUGUGUAUUGGUCUCUCUGAGAUAAUGGCCUCAACCAGCAAGGAUAUGGUUCUUUGUUUUGCUGACAAUCUUGUUCCUACUGUGAGACGGGCUCUGUGUGAUCCUCUGUCUUCUGUACGUGAAGCUGCUGCUCAGACAUUUGACUCGCUACAUAAUACAGUGGGCUUCAGAGCCUUGGAAGAUAUUUUGCCGCCCCUUCUGGCAGAGCUGGAAAACCAAGAUGAAAGGAGAGAAUUUGCCUUGGAUGGUCUCAAGCAAGUCAUGGCCAUCAAGAGUAGGGUUGUCUUGCCCUAUCUGGUUCCUCAGUUGACUACACCGCCUGUUAACACACAAGCUCUGUGUAUUCUUGCGUCUGUGGCUGGUGACACACUGACACGACACCUGUGCAAGAUACUUGUGGCCUUGCUUGGUGCCCUGAGUGAUACAGCCGGCACUCCAGAGUAUGAUGAGGCUCUGAGCCACUGCCAGGGUGUUGUUCUUGCUGUCACUGAUGAAGCUGGAGUAACAACCAUUGUGGAUGAACUACUACAACAUUCAAAGGGCAGUAACUUGGGUGUUGCUCAGGCUGCCGUAGCUUUGUUGUUAGCUUUUUGUUCCAACACCCGGGCAGACUACAGCGACUAUGUACCCCAGCUUCUACGUGGCCUCAUCCACCUCUUCACUCACAAAGAUGAAGAAAUACUCAAGACCUCAUGGCUGGCAUUAAAUGCUGUUACUAAGAGCCUGGAUGCAGCAGACCAGCGCUCACUGGUGGCUGAUGUCCGGCAGGCGGUCAAAUUUGCUGCAUCAGACUUAAAGGGGGACGACCUCAUGCCUGGGUUCUGUCUUCCGAAAGGUAUUCAGCCAAUCCUACCCAUCUUCCGUGAGGCUGUAUUGAAUGGUGAGCCUGAGCUGAAGGAAGCAGCUUCUAAUGGUCUUACUGAAGUUAUUCGUCUCACCAGCUCUGAAGCUCUCAAGCCUUCUGUUGUGCACGUCACUGGACCACUCAUUCGUAUUUUGGGUGAUAGAUUUGCUUGGAAUGUCAAGGUGGCUGUUCUUGAUACUUUAGCUCUCCUCUUAGCCAAGACUGGUGUUAUGCUGAAACCAUUCCUGCCACAACUUCAAACAACUUUCGUCAAAGCUGUGCACGACCCUCACCGCGGUGUAAGGUUACGUGCUGGCGCUGCUCUGGCUCACCUCAUUACCAUCCAUACUAAGCCAGAUCCACUCUUUACUGAGCUUCAUAAUGCAGUCAAGGUUGCUGAUGAUACAUCCAUUAGGGACACAAUGAUCCAAGCCUUAAGAUGUGUAGUGGAACCUGCUGGAAAUAAGAUGAGUGAUGGUGUUCGACGAGGUUUGGUUACAACACUUGUGGGUCUUCUCACCCAUGAUGACGAUUCAACACGUCUUUGUGCUGCCGGGGCCUUGGGAGUUCUCUUGCCGUGGCUGCCUGCAGAUGAACUCCAUACUCUUCUAACACAACACGUUUUAGAGGAUAAUUGUAAUUCAGAUUGGACUAUUCGCCAUGGAAGAUCUGCAGCACUCUUCUCAGCUUUGAAAGCUGCACCAGCUAAGCUUUUAGAUGUGGCCCAGCCAGAUGAGAUAUCUUCAACACUUCUCUCCUACCUCUCCUCUGAUCGCCUGGCCCUGGUGGAGAAUGCUAUGUCUGGCGUUUCCUUCUUUAUUACUUACCAGCUUAUUAGUGGUGGCUCUGUGCCCGUGUCUCUUCUUCAACCUUUUGCAAAGCUUAUCAACCACAACAGUAAUGAAGUGAAGCAAGGCAUGUGCCAAGCUUGUCAGUAUGCUGCCGAGUCUUUGGCAGCAGCGAAUGGCUCCCUCUUGCCCAUCGACGUAGCCCGCCCUCUUAUACCCAUGUUGAUUAAUGGCACAAGGGAGAAGAAUCAAGUGGUGCGAUCAUCAGCAGAAAUGGCCCUGAUUGCUUUGCUUCAACUAAAGGAAGGGGACCAAGGAAUACAGGUUAUGCUGAGUGCAUUGGAAGGUGGGGGACGAGAGAGUCUGAAUGAUGUGAUCAAUAAGUGUCUGCGUCGGGCUACAUAUAUACCAGUAACACCUGCAGAAAUUGAUCCAACUCUUCUCACCUGAUCAAUCAGCUUUUUUUGUAAUGAAAGACUGUUUCUGUUGGUGCUUAGUACAAUUUCAAAAAUGAAAGAAACAGUUGUAUUCAGAAUAUGCAUUCUGGUUGGCCAACUUGCUGAAUGCACUUAUUGGUGCUCUCAUCUUUGGUUUUGGAAUGAAACAAAUUCCAUGCCACAGUUUUUCCCUUCGUCCAUUUUUAUUGUUACUUUGAAGAGCUAGGGAUCAAUGUGCCCAAUAUUGAAAUAGAGGAAAUGCAUUUCUUACAAGGAGCUUUAAUAUAAUUACCUUGAGUCAUGAUCAUUGGUGAGCACCAGUUAAUGGUGGUGCUUCAGUACUGUUGCUACUGACACUCAUUCUGAAUAUGACUUUGGCUUGCAUGUAGAAGUGUUGGCUGUGGUCAAGAAUAUUUUUGUGAUGUUUGAAGCACAUUGCCCAACAAGUGAUGAGGCAUAAGUGUGUUUGUGUGUGUGCCAAUGAAUACAUUAUCACACUGGACUCCAUUA